GUGCCUGCAUUCGCAGUCCGACUUUCGAUCCACCAUGUUGCGUCUGAGCUCGCUGCUGGCCGUUGCCUUCGCCUGCGUCCUGAUCUCGGGGUCCGUUUCCGGCGAGGUGAUCAACUUCCAACCUUGCGAGGACAGUGUGGACACCUGUACCAUCCAGCAGGUCCGCGUUACACCCUGUCCGGAGGCACUUCAAAAUAAGGCCUGCAACAUUCGCCGCAGACGCACCUCCGAGAUGAGCUUCGAUUUCACACCCCAUUUCGAUGCCGAUACCCUCGAAGCGAGCUUGGGUUGGGCUAAGUCGGAGACUGUGGAGCUGCCUCUCAUCACCAUGGACCGAGAGGGCUGCAAGUACACCAACUGCCCCGUGAGGUCAGGAGUCACCCAGACCUACACCACCGCGGUGCCCAUCGAGGCCAAGUUUCCCCUGAGUCCCUACACCAUCCGUUGGGCCCUGAAGGAUCCCGUCUCCGGAAAGCGCUGUUGCUUCACCCACGACAUCAAGGUGGUGCGCUAGGAGGAGGUUGUGACUCGCAUGGUCAAGAAGGCCCCUUUUGAUAUCUGCCCGACAAAUUUAGGAAUUUGAUUCAUACUUUUGUUUCCGUUUUCUAAAGUGUUCAGUGAAAUGAUUACUCUUCUUCGAAUUAAAGAAACUUGCAAGUUUUUAAAGCUGUCAAA